AUGAAAUUGUUUCAUUCGAACUUGUUCCACGGAUGUCUGCUUCUUUUUGUUUUUUUUGUAGUUAAUCUUCUAGAGGCUGUUUUUUCACUUAGUCAACUUGUAGAUGCACCACACAUUCAUAAUGUUAUCCGAUUUUUUCCUUGUCCACCAGGUGUGAUACGUUUUCUGCUGACAAGUACGUUUGGGUUUUGGAUCUCUCAGUAUUGUUUAUAAAGGUUAUUUGUGCCUGGGUGAUUCUCUAUUUACCAUUGUCAGGGAUAUUUAA